AUGGAUGCCGAUGACCUCAACAAUGGCACCUCCACCAAUAUAACGCCAGAAAAAGGGGGCUCAGAUACCCUCCGACCAGUCCCUCCCAUCUAUUUAGACCAGAAAGACUCCUCUACCCUCGAUGCAUCGCUUAAACAGCAAAGCCCAACAAAGCCCAACAAGCCCGAUGCCGCCUCUGCCUCGGAAUCCCGCUCGGCUCCUCUAAUCGGCAACUCGACCCGAUCAUCCAGUCGGGCCGCUCGAAGAUUCAGUGGGAGUACUGCUUGGAGGAUUGGAGUCUGUGCCUUGGAUGUGAAAGCUCGGAGCAAGCCCAGUCAGAAUAUAUUGACUCGACUCCAAUCCAAAGGUGAAUUCGAAGUCAUUGUAUUCGGUGACAAAGUCAUCCUUGACGAAGCCGUCGAAAACUGGCCGGUCUGUGAUUUCUUGAUCGCUUUCUUCUCCGACGGGUUCCCCCUCGAUAAGGCGAUCGCAUACGCCAAGCUCCGCAAGCCAUUCUGCGUCAAUGAUUUACCCAUGCAGCAGGUCUUGUGGGAUCGCCGAUUAUGUCUCAUGAUCUUGGAUCAGAUGGGAGUACCCACUCCUAAGAGGCUCGAGGUAAACCGUGAUGGUGGUCCUGUUCUCGAAUCGGCGGAACUCGCACAGCACAUCUACAAAUUAACGGGAGUGAAGCUGGACGGACCGGAAGAUGGAACAGGAGGUGGUGCCCCCAGAACACAGAAAGUGUCCAUGUCCGAGGAUGGGGAGGCAUUGGUGGUUGAUGGCAAAGUCUUCCGCAAACCUUUUGUGGAAAAGCCAGUGAAUGGUGAAGAUCACAACAUUCACAUCUACUUCCCUAAUGACCAGCAAUAUGGGGGAGGUGGACGUAGGCUUUUCCGCAAGGUUGGAAAUAAGAGCUCAGAGUAUGACCCCGAGCUUUCUGUUCCGAGAUCAGUCACCGAGACGGAGACAAGUUACCUUUACGAGCAAUUCCUGCGUGUCGACAAUGCCGAAGAUGUCAAGGCCUACACCGUUGGCCCUGAUUUUUGCCACGCCGAAACACGCAAGUCGCCGGUUGUGGAUGGGUUGGUCCGACGCAACACCCACGGCAAAGAAAUCCGUUAUAUCACUCAAUUGACCAAGGAUGAAGCAGCGAUUGCUUCCAAGAUAUCGAACGGAUUUGGCCAACGAAUCUGCGGCUUUGAUAUGCUUCGUGUGGAAGACAGAAGCUAUGUCAUCGACGUGAAUGGCUGGAGUUUUGUGAAGGAUAACAACGACUAUUAUGAUAAGUGCGCCAAAAUUCUCCGCGAUACUUUCAUGGUUGAUCGAAUGAAGAGGUUUGGAUCAAUGGAAUCGUCGGAGCCUCCAUCACCGGAUAUGGGUCACUCUAGGAAAAGCACCGCGGGCUCUCACCGACAAGCAUUGAAGACCCUGCUGAAGUCCCCGAGUACAUCCAGACUUGCCAGGUCGCAGGAAGCAACCCCAUCAGAUACGUCGACUGCCACACCUUCGCUCGCAUCGUCGUCUGGCCUGGAGGCCGUUGACCCAGUUCCCAACCUUGGCAGCCUGCCCCCUCGAGACAGCCACUCCGAAACUCGCGGUUACAGCCCUUCCAACACAAAGUCUCCUGCGAUAUCGGUUCACCAAACAAAUGAGGAAGCCCUUGCGCCACCACCUGCCUCCAAACACUCGUGGAAACUCAAGGGAAUGGUGGCGGUGGUUCGACAUGCCGACCGUACCCCGAAGCAAAAGUUCAAGUUCACUUUCCAUAGUCAGCCAUUUGUGGAUCUACUCAAGGGACAUCAGGAAGAGGUGGUGAUUAAGGGUGCUGCCGCGUUGUCUAGUGUCUCGGAUGCCGUCAGGACCGCCUUGGAACAAGGACUAGAGGACAUCGAGAAGCUGAAACUGCUUCGUACCUCUUUAGAUAAGAAGGGUGGUUGGCCUGGAACAAAAGUCCAGAUCAAGCCUAUGUUCCGGAAGCGCAGACCAGAAGAAAUGCGUGAACAAGACUCCUCAGCUAGCACGCCCAAAGCGACAGCACCGCCACCGGUCGAAAUGGAAACCGAAGAGCCCCUCUCGCCUAUUCCUGGAGAAUCACCAGAAGCCGAGGCACUGCGGAAGUCACAGACACGCAGUGAUUCUAUUUCAGGCCCCACAUUUUCCCGCUUCUCUGCAGUAGAGAACGAUCUCAUCCUGGACAAACUCCAGCUUGUUAUCAAGUGGGGAGGAGAGCCAACGCAUGCUGCACGUUACCAGUCGCAGGACCUUGGUCUGAACAUGCGAGAUGAUCUCAAGCUGAUGAACAAGGAAGCUCUCAACAAUGUCCGCCUCUUCACAAGCUCGGAAAGGAGAGUGAGCACGAGCGCACAAAUCUGGGCCUGUUCAUUCCUCGACCAGAAGGAGCUACCAGAAGACUUCAUACAGGUCCGAAAGGAUCUGCUUGAUGAUUCAAAUGCCGCCAAGGAUGUCAUGGACAAGGUUAAGAAGAAGCUUAAGCUUCUCUUGAGAGAAGGAUCUGCACCUUCACAAUUUGCAUGGCCCAAAGACAGCAAUAUUCCCGAGCCAUCUGUUGUGCUGGCUACGGUUGUCGAGUUGAUGAACUUCCACCGAAGCGUCAUGCGUCACAAUUUCAGCAGACUUGAGUCCGACGCAGCCAAAUCUCCUACCUCGUCGGUUAACAACGCCGACGAACCGAGCCAAAAGGAUUUGAGCGCCGAAAACCCUGAGAUUUCCAAUAUCCAGGGACGUUGGUGUGCAGGAGAGGACCCGAGACUUUUCAAAGAGCGAUGGGAGAAACUGUUUGCCGAAUUCUGCGACACGGAGAAGGUUGACCCAAGCAAGCUAUCUGAACUCUACGAUAGCAUGAAAUUCGAUGCUCUUCACAAUCGACAGUUCCUGGAAUGGGUAUUCAUGCCACCUGACAAUGACCGUGACGAUGAUGACCGGUGCAGUGUCAAAGGCAAAGGCUCGUCCAAAUCCGACUCGGCUUCUGAUGGGAAUGGGAAUGGGAAGGCCGGUUCUGAUUCCAGCGAGAAGGAGAAGGAGAAGGAGGCAAGUGACGAAUCGCGCUCCGAGAAUCACACAUUUGCCCAUCGACUUGGAUUGAAGAAGCGACUUCAUGUACCAGAGUCACUGCCACACCUUCGCGCACUUGAUGAUUCCUACGACCAUUACUUCAAGCUUUUCCCUGGCUCAAGCUCAACCAAAUGCAAGAUGGACGAACGUCUCUCCAAGCUCCGGGAAUUAUACAAGUUAGCCAAGGUGUUAUUUGACUACGUGACACCGCAAGAAUAUGGCAUCACCGACAGCGAGAAACUCGAAAUUGGCCUCCUCACAUCUCUCCCACUCUUGCAAGAGAUCGUUCGCGAUCUGGAAGAAGUCCAAGCAUCUCCCGACGCAAAGUCUUUCUUCUACUUCACUAAGGAGUCUCAUAUCUACACGCUUAUGAACUGUAUCCUGGAAGGUGGUAUUCAGACGAAGAUUGCCCGCAGUGCCAUUCCCGAACUCGACUACCUUUCCCAGAUCUGCUUUGAGCUUUACGAGGCGCGCGAUAGCGAAUCGGAUCUUAACUCUUACUCCAUUCGCAUUUCUGUCAGCCCUGGCUGCCACGCUUUUGAUCCGCUUGAUGUGCAAUUGGACUCUAGGCAUGCCAUUGGCUGUGCCCCGCGACGCAGUUUGACUGCGCAUCAAGACUGGAAAGAGGUGAUCGAGACACUUAAGGCGAAGUUUGACACAGUCAAACUUCCCAAGUCGUUUAUUGCCGUGAAUCUCAGCGACAAGCAUAUUGCUCCACAGGGCGAGGAAGAAGAAGGCAGCCCAUGA